AUGCUCACCAUUUACAGGACGUCGACCCAUCCAACACCUCCGUCCGUUCUUCCAUCGCUCAAAAUCAUUGCCGCUACCACCAGCAGCGGUGAUCUGCCAGCAGCCAAUGGGAGCACGCCAGGUGUCAGCGUGUCGGUGUUUGAUGAGCUCGACAGCGGUGUGGGCGGCAGGAUUGCUUCCCGGUUCGCCCUCGCCUUGCGCCACCUGUGCAGACAGGGUAACCAGGUGAUCUGCAUCACCCACCUUCCCCAGGUGGCAGUGCAUGCAGACGCGCACAUCAGUGUGAGCAAGCGAGUGGACGGGGCCGAUGGUCGCAUGCGCACCACUGCUGCCCACCUUACUACCCUGGAGGAACGGGCCUCAGAGGUGGCUCAGAUGCUGGGCCUGGGCCUGCCAUCAGCUCUGGAGCUGUUCAAUGCUAAGGGAGGUAUGGAGGGAGCCGUGACUGCUGAGGGACCAGUGAACACGGAGCAGCACUUGAAGGCUGUACAGCAGGAUGCUUGA